ACCAACUGCCACAAUGAACCCCCUUCUGAUGAUCCUGGCCGGUGCGUGCCUGCUUCUGGCCCUGUCCCAGCAGCUGAUCGGAGCUGGAGCUCAAGAGGAAGUUACGCCCGCGGCUCCUACCGUCGCGGGAGAAUCUACCACCACCAAGGACGCUGGCGAUUCUUCCCAAGAGGACAAACCCAAGGGCGGCAAAGGUCACGGCUGCUUUGGGCGAUUCACGGGAGGAAAAGGUCCUGGUGAAAUGAAGGGAGACCAGAAGAAGCCGAUGGGACCUCCCAACCGAUAUGAGUUCAACAAGAUGGAACAAAGUCCAGGCUUUGGCCAGAUGAAGCCUGGUCAAGGUGAAAUGCAGACUGGAGGUCACCAGGCCCUUGUGGGAGGUUUUGGAGGCAAUCAAGCUGCUGCUAUGGGAGCAGGUACCAUGCGUGGUCCAUUUGUAAUGGUUCAUCCAAAAAAGAACAAACAACAGUAAGGACGUUAUAGAAAUAGACGAGAUAUUCAGCAAAUGUG